GUAUACAAGACCAGUCGAGGCUUUAGAUGCCUGCCAUAUUUUAGCGCGAACAAUAAGUGCCAUAAAACAGUCUGCCACAAUAAGCGGUGCCUGAAACGGAUCUAAUGUAAAGUUUUCGCUUUGCGGUGCAUUGUGAUGUGUUGCAAGUCGCGGGGUGCUCUCUCUAGACUGGGUGUCCUGUGGGGACUUCUGGCGCUGGCCACUCUACUUAUCGCUUUUGUUAGUGGCUCUUGGCUCUACACUAAAGAGCCGGUCACACUGCCUAACACCCAAGUCACCACUUCCAUCAGCUUUCGCAUCGGCUUAUGGAGGGUCUGUCCUUCCGUCAAAAGGGUCAACUCCUCGCUACACAAUCCCUCGCCUGCAUGUUCUCUGGUCAAGUACGCCGGCUGGGAGGACUUGAGUCCCUCGGACAUCGGAAUUUGGACCUCUUUGGACCUCGCUCAAGUCUUCAUCUCGCGGAUGAGGUCAUGCACUGUUUUAACUGGAUCGGCUGUAGUUUUGCUAUUACUCGCAUCCUUCUUCUCACUUCUCGGCCACUGUAACAGCGACAAUAAAACAAUAAUAGCGUGCGGAUUCUUCAUUUUAGGAGGGCUUUCUUUGGGAACGGGUCUGGUGGUUUUUGCAUCUGCUCUGUCAGAGACUCUGAUGGAAAUAACACAAUAUCACAAGGAACCUCCCUCCGGCCCCGUCUACGACUAUCGUUACGGAUGGUGUUUCUUCACGGCGGGGGCGGCUUUUAUCAUGACAAAAAUGGCUGCAGUCUUCUCUCUUACAGGAUAUCUCAACAGAUUUCCUUCUGUCGAUGAAAUGGUACGGGAAAUGGUCCCGGGGGCGGAGCGCAAGUUGCGGGAGCACCAGCGCCUCUCCAGCGAGUACCUGGUGCGGCACGCGGCGCCGUCCCCCAGGCAGCAGUACGACGUCAUCUCCACAAACCGUCCCAAGUACGAGGCCGAGUGCGGCCCCCUGCUCAACAAGACCCCUCCGGACGUGUGCACCACCAACAAGUGCGUCGAUUUCGGUGUGACGGACCUCAACAGUAGUGUGCUAAUGUCUGGUGUGAUCGAGCAAAACUACAGUGGCGGAGGGCACGUGAUGGCCGGCCAGACCAUUCCCAUCACCAUCAAAAACCACACUUCGACGGCGCCGCUCUCCUUCUCGCCCGCCAAUAAGUACGGAACAAUGCCAGGAACGACGCUUCAUCAGGGAUUCCUGGGCGUCGCCGAAAUUGGAAGUUCCAGUUCGAACAGUUCGAGUGGAUACUGUUCCAAAAGUAAGACUUUACAACACCAAAGGCCGAGGAAGAAGUGUGUUAAAAUUGAAAGUUUCCAAACUCCUGAUGCCGGGUUCGCAGACUUUGGAGGCAAGAGGUCGAAUACAUUAAGUUACUCCGGGAGCGCGGUAUGACGAGCGAAAGCUAUUAUGGAAAAAUAUUCUAAAACUUCCCUAGGGCACACUGGAAAUUUACACUUGCAUUGUAAAUAAUAAGGGCGAUCGGAAAGUUUGCUAAUGAAAAUCCCUGAUUAAAGCGAGGGAUUUUUAUAGACUGACACUAAAUUGUUUACAAUGCAGGGUUCUUUUUGGUUCAAGGGCGCAGAAGGACUAGGAUAAAGUCACAAUAACACCAGUUACGUUACAAAUAAAUAUAAAAAUUACUAUUUAUUUACAAACUUUUAACAAAACUGAAAUAAAAUCCAAAUACUAUAUCAAAAUAAUAGCGACAAUCUUUCAACCCCGUUAACUAACACAGAGCCGGAUUACAACUAUGGAAGCCCUAGGACAAUUUUUAUUACACAGUGAAACAA